ACCAGCACAGAAGAAGAAAACAAAAGUGCAGAAGCCUGGUGUUUGGUAAAUCGGGGGAAAAAGACACUAAUAUACAGAACAGAGAUGGCAGGAUACUGUGAAAGAAGUGGAUAACUCCCCAAACAGGCUUAGCAACCUUAGGGUCAGACACCUCCUAGCACCUGUUGAUGAGGUGAGAGAAGACAGCGUUGUUCCAGUAUAAAAGGUACGGUUGCUGGCAAAGAAGAGGAAGUGUUUUGAAUACAGGCAAACGAUAAUCAAAACUGUUGACUGAGUCAAUUUCCUAGUGGCCAGCUAAACGUCCAAACGGAGGUAUGCGCAUCCUAAACAAGGACCUGAGGCUGCAGGACGUGACUCUGAUGUACCUGACCGUAUUAGCCACCCUGGUGGUGAUCCUGGUAGCCUCCUACAAGGUUGAUCCCGUCAGCCCUGCCAGGGGAGGCUCACCGUCCAGCCCACCAUCCAGCCCCCUGUCGCUUCCAUACCACAUGCCUCUCGAUCCACGCGGACACCUCCAGCUGUCCUGGAACGUCUCCUACGCUCUCCAGGAGCUGUACCUGGAAGUGCGAUGCAGUGAGAUGAAACACGGUCUGGUCCUGGGCAUGUCCGACCGCGGGGAGCUCACCAACGCAGACCUGGCAGUACUCUGGGAUGACGGGCAUCAGUCCUACUUUGGGGACGCAUGGAGUGACAAUGAAGGCCGUGUAAGUCUGGACAGCCAGCAGGACUACCAGCUGAUUGAAGCCCGGCAGACACCUGAGGGGUUCUCUCUGCUGUUUAAAAGGCCCUUCAGCACCUGUGACCCACGAGACUACAUCAUAGAGGAGGGCACAGUCCACCUGAUCUACGGAGUGUUAGACCGGCCAAUCCGUUCGCUCGAGCAGCUCAACCUUUCCCAGAUCGAGACGGGGGUGCAGAGAGCCCUCUUGCUGCGCCCCGACUCCCCUUCCCCUUCCCUGCCCCCAGAUGUCCAAACUCUGGAUGUCCUGGCCCCCAAUGUCAUCAUCCCCACCCAGGAGACCACAUACUGGUGCCACAUCUACCAACUACCAGCCAACGUACCCAAAAACCAUAUAGUGAUGUAUGAGUCGGUGGUGACUCCUGGUAACGAGGCCAUUGUUCAUCACAUGGAGGUGUUUGAGUGUUCUCCUGAGAUGGCCGUAGUGCCUCAGUACAGUGGACCAUGUGACUCCAAGAUGAAGCCGGCGAGCCUCAACUACUGUCGCCACGUCCUGGCGGCCUGGGCCAUGGGAGCUGAGUCCUUCUACUACCCCUCUGAUGCAGGUUUGCCUCUAGGUGGACCAGGAUCCUCCAGGUUUUUACGUCUGGAGGUUCACUACCACAACCCUCUCCUUAUCUCAGGUCGUAAGGACAACUCAGGUGUGCGUCUGUACUACACGCCCACUCUGAGGCGUUAUGACGCUGGCAUCAUGGAGCUGGGGCUGGUCUACACUCCGGUGAUGGCCAUACCGCCCAGAGAGCAGAGCUUCCAGCUCACAGGAUACUGCACCUCCAAGUGUACCCAAACUGCCUUACCUCCAGGGGGGAUCAACAUCUUCGCAUCCCAGCUCCACACUCACCUGGCUGGGCGAGGGGUUAGGACAGUCCUGGUGAGGGCUGGAAGAGAGGUGGAGGUGGUUCAGGAGGACAAGCAUUUCAGCACACACUACCAGAUAAUUCGAAUGCUGAGGAGGAUGGUGACGGUGCUGCCUGGUGACGUCCUCCUGACAAAGUGUACAUACAACACUGAGGACAGAAGCCAGCCUACAGUGGGAGGUUUUGGGAUCAUGGAGGAGAUGUGCGUAAACUAUAUCCACUAUUACCCCCGCACUCAACUAGAGCUCUGCAAGAGCAACGUGGACCCGGGAUACCUGCAGAAAUAUUUCAACUUUAUCAAUAGGUUCCAGGGUGGCGAUGCGUGUAGCUGUGGUCAGACCAGUGUGACAGACCAGUUCUCCUCCCUUUCCUGGGACUCCUUCAGCGGGGAGGUGCUUGACUCCCUCUACAGCACAGCUCCCAUCUCCAUGGCUUGUAACCAGUCCUCAGCUAGGCUUUUCCCUGGUGACUGGGAGAAGCAGGAGCUUCCAGUAGUGACAUCACAGCUCCAGAGACCCCGAUACCCGUGUGAGGGGGGUAAACUGCCUACACAGAACAGUGAACCCACUGUGCUCUGACCCUCCCUGGGAGAGACCCUACCCCCGGGUUCAUAGCAGCGUCAUCUCCCUCGGCUGACAUACUCCACAACAAACCAAUCUGAUUGGGCCUUCGCAACCUGUCGCUCCAGUGACAUCAAUGCAACCCAGGAAGCACUACAGUUGCCAGUCAUUAUUUCCAUUAUAACAUUUACCCAAUAAAACAGUAGUCCAUUGUUGUUAUAUGUUACUGAGGUGUUGUUGGAUUGUUAAAUGUAUGUCAGGAGACGCCACGUGUCAUUUAGAAUUUGGGUGCGACACUGUUCAACAUUUUUUUUUCAAUGAGAGCAGGAUUGGACUUAAUCUGGAUCAAGGAUGUUUGCCCAGGCCAUGUAGAUGAAAAGCUUAGAUCACACUGAAGUUGGAAGAGGAUGGAUGACAACAUAGUUUAUAAUUGACAAGCGGGAAGUCUUCAUCUGAAACAUUGAUUGUAUUAUUUACAAGUAUGUUCAUUUUACAAAUCACAGAAGACAAUGCAUCUAAUACAAAU